CCGGAUGAUGAGAAGCUAGGGUAAAGAUGGCUGCGGUUAUCACACUGAGAGGUUCAUUCACUCUUGUGAGGCGUUUGGCGUCUGCGCACCAGUUCAAACGGUACUGCUCACGGAUUCGGCCGACCCGUCUCGAGCGACCGCCGCAUGCCUACUCCAUCACAAUCCCGACGCAGCACCGAUACUUUCGAUCCAGUUGUGCGGCGGCUGGACCGGUCUUGCAGUUUAAACUGUCAGACAUCGGGGAGGGCAUUCGGGAAGUAACCGUAAAGGAAUGGUAUGUGAAGGAGGGAGACAAGGUGUCUCAGUUCGACAGCAUAUGUGAGGUCCAGAGUGACAAAGCUUCAGUCACAAUCACCAGUCGAUACGAUGGUAUCAUACGCAAGAUCUACUACGACAUCGAUGCCACAGCGCUCGUGGGAAUGCCGCUGGUUGACAUAGAAACCGAGGGUGGACCAGAUGUAGCUCACGAGGAGGACGUUUUAGAGACUCCUGCCAUGUCGCACGAGGAACACACACACCAGGAAAUCAGAGGCCACAAGACGCACGCCACACCUGCAGUGAGACGCCUGGCCAUGGAGAACAAUAUUAAGCUCAGUGAGGUGGUAGGCACGGGGAGGGACGGCCGCAUCCUGAAGGAGGACAUCCUCAACUACCUCGCCAAGCAGACGGGCGCCAUCCUUCCCCCCUCGCCAUUCCACGAGAUCCAGCCACCGCCCCCUGGCGCCACCGCUGCUGCCCCCAAACCCAAAGAGAAGGCGCCCCCCCAGCCCGUGCCUCCCCCCGCCAUGCCCAGACCCGUCUUCACCGGGAAGGACCGCACAGAACCACUCAAAGGAUUUCACAAGGCCAUGGUGAAGACGAUGACUGCUGCGCUAAAGAUACCCCACUUCGGUUACUGUGACGAGGUCGACUUGACACAGCUAGUGCGACUGAGGGCGGAGCUUAAGGGAGUCGCUGAAGCCCGUGGCGUCAAACUCAGCUUCAUGCCCUUCUUCAUCAAGGCAGCAUCUCUGGGCCUCCUUCACUAUCCCAUCCUCAACGCGUCUCUGGACGAAGCCUGCCAGAAUAUCACAUACAAGGCAUCCCAUAAUGUGGGUGUAGCCAUGGACACGCUUCAGGGGCUCCUGGUGCCCAACGUCAAGAACGUGCAGAUGCUGAGUGUGUUUGAGAUUGCCACCGAACUCAACCGCCUGCAGAACCUGGGAACCGCGGGACAGCUGGGUGCCGCUGACCUCACCGGCGGAACCUUCACGCUCUCCAACAUCGGCUCCAUCGGAGGCACCUAUGCAAAACCAGUCAUCCUGCCACCAGAGGUGGCUAUUGGAGCUCUGGGGAAAGCUCAGGUGCUGCCCCGGUUUAACGCUAAGGACGAGGUGGUAAAGGCCCACAUCAUGAACGUCAGCUGGUCAGCGGACCACCGCAUCAUCGACGGGGCCACCAUGUGCCGCUUCUCCAACCUGUGGAAGUCCUACCUGGAGAACCCGGCUGCCAUGGUUCUGGACCUUAAAUAAGGAACUCUCCACCCUCCCCCCACCCACCCAGCCUGCGUCAGCCGCACCCCACCUGUGACGUGUGUGAGAAAUGUACCUGACUGAGGGCUGAUGCAUGGUUGCCCCCCCCUCUCAACCCACCUCAUCCACCCACACCCCCUUAGCUGUACGGACGGCUGCACAGACAGAGACACUGGUCCUCUCCCAGCAUGGGGGCAUCUCCUCUCUAACGGUCUUUAGUAGGUCUUGGUGUGCUGCUCUGGUGGUGGAAGGUGCCUCUCCCCCUGCUGCCUUGCUGACAUAGAUGUGGUUGAUUGGUUGCACCUCCGAGAGCAUGUGGAUAUCCUGGAUGUGAGGAGCUCUGUAACUAACACACACACCCCGACACACACACACACACUACACAGCUCAUACAUAUCCACUGAGGCUCCUGUGUUCGUAUAAGCUGUCUUCAUCACACCUGAGCUGCUGUCUCCAGGUCAGAUGUUUCCCUGGUGACACAUGCCAGGUCUGGGCCUAUGCUGUUACAGAGCCCUCUCCUCUCCUCAUAAAGCAGCUCAACUGGAGAAUCCAGGCCGGGUGCCCAGAAUGUUCAGACUGUUUUCGAAGGUAAAAAUGGUUCUUGCCUUGUUCCGCAAACCGCGAAGGUUAUCUCAGUUGCCCUUUGGUAAGGAUUUUGGUUUGGCAGAAGCCUGAAGUCAGUCAGCUUCACAGUAGUCCCCCCUCUUACCGGAUGUUUUGCCAGUAGCAGUGGUUUCCCAUGAAAUAAGAUGUCAUGUAGAGCAGCUUUUAAAGGAACCACUCACUGUUAAUGAUUCCUUAGAAUAUAUACCUUCAUUAGUUCUGUUCCAGAACUCGAAUCUGUGGUAACUGGCUGGCUUUCAAGAGUUCCGCUAAUAAUUCCUCAUCAAAGUUGUUAUAAGACAAACCUUUACAGGUUCUGAUGGAGAAAAAAAUACUUCCGGAAGUGCAUCUUUUAGUUAUUGGUUUCUGUGGUGCUAAUUUUCUAGAAUGAACUGAUCUGCUUUUGUUUGCUGUCACGUGACGUCUGCAUUUGUCUUUUAAACUAUCAUCAUGUUAAUGGGUAGGAUGCCUAGCACCAUUGUUUCGCUUGACCUUUUGGGAAACUGUACUGUAACUUACCAGUGUUUAGGAGGUUAACUGCUACUGGCAGAGACCGGUAAGAUUUUUUUCGUUACUUUGCUGCAAUGGUCACUGGUGUGUGUUAUUUCCUUAUUUGUGUGAAUGAGUGUCGAGCGUGAAAAACCUUUUAAUAAAGUUGAUGUGUCUGUAAUUUA